AGUGAAUUGUUUAUAAUAGAAGAAAAUUAGGAACAUAACUGAAUUUAUUGGAGCUGAAGUGAAUUGAAAUGAACUGAAAUUAAGCAGAACAGAACAAACCUCUUUUUAUUUUAUUUUUUUGAAAAGGAAGUCUAUUUAUUUUUUUUACUGAAUGGAUGAACUUUCAAUACCAUAAUAGCCAUUUUCAAUUAGAAAACACAUGAGAAAUAAUAAAUUGGCACGCCAUCUAAAUUGGCUAUAUAAUCUUCAUUGUCAUGACUACUCAUAAAAUGACGACUUCAAUAUGUUGGUUCUUUUUGGUACAUAAUUACAUGCAGAAUUACGCUUACUAAUCUAAUAACUAUGAUAGUAAUCUCAAUUAUGCAUUAUUCAUUUUGUGUGUUACGUAGAAUAUGUUGUCAGCCUAACAUUUUCCUUUCAUUCUAGAUUCUAGAAGUUCUAAGUUCGCCCUCAAGGUUGUUGAGAAACAAUUUUCUUUCAAUUUUUCUCAUUUAACCGAAUUUUCCACCUAAAAAAACAAAUACUUCCCCCUUUUCCUAAUUUCUAAUUCACCAACUAAAGUACUAAUAUACAUCUACUAGUACAAAUUAAUAUAAUAUUUUACACUAGAACAUUUUGGUAAACAACUAAUUAGUCAAACUUACCAUUUAGCAAAGUCAAACAAACUAACUCACUUGAAUAACUUUAUAAAAACCCUCAACCAUUUAAACAACACAAAAUUAUUCCACAAUACCCAAAACUUAGCAAUCAAUUACGAACCAAAGAAGAUAUGGUGCUAAAGAGGAGUAGAGAGGAAAACUACAACGUAGAAAGCACACUAGCUAUGGCAAACUACUUAGUGAUGUUAUCACAAGGGCUAAAGACCGCAACUGUGACACACAAUGAAGGUCGUGUAUUCGAGUGCACAACAUGUAACCGUAAGUUUCCUUCAUUCCAAGCCUUAGGAGGGCAUAGGGCUAGCCACAAGAGACCCCGAGCAACAAGCAACGAUCAUAACCACGAUGACAAUGAUCACUCGACGGAUCAUACGAUUAAGGAAAAGCCAAAGAUGCACAAGUGUUUAAUUUGUGGAGUAACGUUUCCAUUAGGGCAAGCUCUAGGAGGUCAUAUGAGGCGGCAUAGAGCUGCCCUUAGUGAGUCUUUACUCCCUUCUCCUCCUCAUCUUUCUUUAUCUUUGUCAAGUCCUCCAAGUUAUGAUUGUUCAAUUGGGACUAAGAGAAAGGGUGGAAGUCUUUUGAGUUUGGAUUUGGAUUUGAAUUUGACUCCUCAAGAAAAUGGAUUAUUGGAGAUGAAGACCGUUCCUCCUAUUUUUGCUUGAUUCUUUUAUUUGUUAAUCAUUGUAUGUAGAAAGUACACUUAUUCUUUAAUUUUGGUUUAUUUUAUUAUGUUAACGAACUAAUAUUGGACAAAUUUGUCAACUACUACUUGGAAAACUU